CCUGAUAGUCGCCCGGCAGGCAAGCUUAGUCUGCUAAAAGCCGUCGCUGUGAACGGAUGAGAAAUUGGAUGGGAAGAAUAGCCUUGCUAGGACGGAAGAGCGCACUGCACACACAGGGGCCCGAUUUGCCAGUGAAGGAUUUUUCGGAGAUUUUCAGUUUCUUUGCUUUGUCUAGUUAGUUCGUUGGGAGUUGGACUUUUUCGCGCAGCAAGAUUGACUGCACGUGCCGUGGAACAGGAUAUUAUGAAGGAUAUUCAAGCAAUACCUUGCGUCGUUUUGCGUUGAUUCGAGACGAAAAGGCUGAUUGGAGAAAAGUGGCCCCCACUGGGAACGGUGAAGAGAAAAUUCGUUUAGGGAAAUGCAUGAUAACCUAGGAGAAAAAUUAAUAUAAAUAAGAGAAAACGUACCAGUUGAUAAGUGUUGACAAGACGAGGCCGAAGACACGGCGUUUUUUUUGUGUGUGAUAUCAACGACGAGUGGUGUUUGUGUCGCGCUUGUUUGUGGCCACUGAUCUUGAGUCCGUAGGCAACAGUAGCCGGUCGGUUCGGUUGGGUCGGUCGGGUUUUUAUUAUUAUUACAUUUUAUUAUAAAGUGUCGGCCCAUAUACAUAUACGUGACUCUGCGGUGCUGUGGAGGAGACUGUUGGAUGAAACAGCGGAGAGGUGAACCGGGGGGCAGUUGGAGCAAAGCAUAAUAAAAACGAGAAUCGUUCCGCUGAUAUACGCUGGUUGGUGACAAGUGAGACAACAAUUGUACCCGAGUUGGACCGAGUGUAGCUUACAAGAUAAACUACACAAAGGAUUGCCACAACACGCGCUUUAUCGGAGGCAGCCGGUUAUUAUUACGUUCCUGUUUUGCAGUUGGCCGAGAUUGUUUAUUGCAACUUUACGAAAACAAUUCCCCGGCUCGUGUUCACCCCGGCUACCCCACGAGCUUGCAAUUGAGUGAUUUAAGUCGCGCCCGGUUGCGAAGGGAGAAAAAAAACUCGCGAAAACAAAAUUAUCCCGCGUGUGUUUGUGAAUGCACGAGCUAAAAUAUAGCGGAAGGUGAACGAACGCGGUUGGUUGAAAACAACUUGCAAUGAUAAAGUGGGGGCAUCCUUAAUUCAAAGUGUAUAGAAUCUAUGACCGCGGAUCGUAAAUUGGUGGAUAAAAAGCGCAUCUUGUUCUGCUGAUUGGCUUGGGUUCGACAUCGCUUCGGGAGAGAUUUUCCCAUGUACUCAAUGGUGGACUGCUACAACGGUAUGGGACAGCUGGGGCAAGAGUACGGGUCAAAAAACCCACUGAUGGACAACGCCAAACUGGACCACGUGACGAAGGUGAUUGCGUACCACCCGCGCUACCUGGAGCACUAUUUGAAUACCCAGAACUUUGUGAUGAACUGCGAUGGACCGUUGCCGUUCGAACAUCGAUUCUAUAUUGCCAUAAUGGCUGCCGCCAGACACAAAUGUACCUACCUCGUUAAUUUGUACGAAAAGGAAUUUCUGCUGCAGGGUGGUGACCGAAGUUGGCUGAAAGGGUUGGAAUAUAUUCCCGCCAAGCUGCGUGCCAUAAGCGAUAUCAACAAAAUUCUAGCCCACCGUCCCUGGCUGCUGAGUAAGGAGCACAUAGAGCGAUUGACCAAAGGUCAGAAUAGCUGGUCACUAGCGGAGGUGGUACAUGCAAUUGUACUACUUGCCCACUUUCACUCCCUGUCGUCCUUCGUGUUCUCCUGUGGCCUAACUCAGGAGCUGGACACAUCUAGUCAAAAAAUCGAAAACAAUAACAUUGUACUACAAAAGACUGAUCUAGAGCAUCUGAAUGGAACAGACGUUAGUAUACCGCAAACCGAGGUGACGGUGGACGCCCUGAUGCAACGCAUGAAGCGGCUGUCGGAGAAGAGCAUCGAAUGCACGGAAACUGAGCUGAGCAAUCGUUUCAAAAAUGUGGAAAUGCAGGCGGCUGAGCUGCCGGCCGUCGUUUCCCGGGAAGGCAUCGUCGAUGUGCCCCAGCAGAUUGGACGCUACGUGGACGAUCCGAACUUCACUUAUCAGGACUUUGCGCGACGUGGAGCAGAGAAUAUCCCGCAGACGUUCCGGAUACAGGACUACUCGUGGGAUGACCACGGGUAUUCGCUGGUGAACAGGCUGUACAACGAUGUCGGUUUCUACCUGGACGAUAAAUUCCGCGUAGCAUUCAGCCUGACCUACUAUACGAUUGCCGGUCGGACCAACGUUGAUACGUCCAAGUUUCGGCGGGCCAUCUGGAACUAUAUCCAGUGUAUCUACGGAAUCCGACACGACGAUUACGACUACGGGGAGGUUAACCAGCUGCUCGAUCGAACGCUAAAAAUGUUCAUCAAAACGGCCUGCUGCUUCCCGGAAAGGAUCACCAAGAACGACUAUGACAGCGUGCUGGUGGAGUUGCAGCAUAGUGAGAAGGUUCACGUCAAUCUAAUGAUACUGGAGGCGCGGAACCAGGCGGAGCUGUUGUACGCCUUACGUGAAAUUAUGCGUUACAUGACAUGAUUCAGGAAGUCGCACGGAAAGAUUCAGCUUGCGAAACAGCUAAGGUUUUUUAUCAUGUAUAAUAGGAUCUAGUGUUAGAAGUGAUUAUUUUUAAACUGUGUCUUCAGGCAACAGCAGUGAAACAGAGAAUUUAAAUGCAUCUAUGUUAAUGACUUUCAUAUGUAUUUUUAAGUAGAGAUGUCGAAAAUGUGACGAGAAGAGCUAAAAGCUGAUUGGCAAAAGAUUUGUCCGGUGAUAUAAAUGUUAACACAAAAUAAGAGCGUACAGGCUUAGAGGAUCAAGGUACUUGUUGCAGUCGAAACCAAUAAAAGUGAUUGGAGCCAUAUUUCAUAUAAGUAGAAAUGGCUGAUGUUCAGGGCAUUAAAUAACAUUAGUAGUAGAAGCAACUGGUUGCACGAUUUAAUUAUUAGCUAGGGAAGAGUAACAAAUUUUUGAGAUAAACACAAAUGCACAAUCUAAUCAUCCCAUUCAAUCAAUUAAGUGAUUGAAUUUUGUCCUGAAGAAUUAUUUCUCGUUACAAGCCAUUUACUGGAAACGAUUACUUCUAUCUGAAAGUGGUAAACUGUACACAGAAAAACAUCACCCAUUAACCGUUCGUAAAAUCCAAAUCUUCAAAAUUGUUUCUGUUUUUCGCAUGAGGCUGUGCAGCUGGAGCAUAGGACAGUGUCUGGAAAUAGCACACGAAAUAUUCGUUUACCAGAAAGGGUUUUAUUUGAAGAAUUGGCAUUGGUAGGUCACAUAUUUAUGUGGGUUUUUAUACGUCUUGAAUACCUAGAUCUCAAAUCAGAUGCGAAAUCUAAAUUUGUUAGUUUGUUCCCAUAUUGAUGCGUGUUCGCAGUGCUUUUAUAGUUGCAUGUAAUUUAAUAUAUAUUGUUGCUAGUUAUGCUAGUUUUGUCAAACCAAAAGGUAAUCGCGCAAAUAAACCCAGCUUUCCAGAGCAACAAAUAACAAUUGAUAUUAAUCAAUUUUGUCGAACCUAGUCCAUGAGAGAACCUAUUUCGAUAAGUACGGAGCAGAAACAAAUGAGCUAGAACAUAGAAGUCACAAAUAGCUGAGUGAAUACGUAUCAUAAAAGUCCAUCAGAAACGCAUGUGUUCAAUCAAAUGUGAGCGGAAAUGAAAUUAAGCAUCACGCGUUUCAAUACCUUCUAAAAAUCUUGUCCAAUACAACUUUCCACCUGAUCUUACUAGAAAGAACACAACAACGGUGAAUAAGCUAACCAAUUGUGUCAAUCGAGGAUUGAACAAUAUUAAGAAAAUUGUGAUUCGUUUGUGAUGGAAUGUGACAAAAGCUUCUUUUCUCAAAACUGUAACAAAAUGUAUAAGAAUCGUAACAAUCAAAGAAAAGUGUUGGCCAAGAAAAGCCUCUUUUGAAGGCGGGUCCUUUUUGGUGGACAACACUUUUAGAAAUAGGUGUCGCACUGUUGAUAUGCAAUUCAGUAAUAAUACAAAAGAAAUAAUAAAUAACAGAAAAGAGUUGUUGAUCAUUCAAUUGUUAAUGUUUUGUUAAUUGUAAAAAGAUUGCUUCAAUCUAAUAGUAGGAUGGUCCCAUCAAGGACACGACGAACCAGGCUUAUAUUUUUAUGUUUCGUUGAACAUCUUGUAAGAAUUUUAUUCACAAAUGUGUAAAGCAUGAGAUAAAUAAACCUAUAUACCUCUACAGAUACUGUGGAAAACUAAUCAAGGUAACAAUAAUAAUAUAAAUAUAAACACAAAAGCACUGACCGCAACGAGUCUAUAAACAAAACUGAAAUUAUACACUGUGUUAGAUUAUUUUGAAGCAGUGAGUGGAGGCGAGGAGAAAUCUGUUUAGUUUGCUGAAGGAAACUGACGUGAGAAUAAAUGAAAAGAUCUUUAAAA